AUGGAGAAGUCCAAGAGAUACGCGAGUCUGCUCAAAAUGAUGGACCGAAACUCCUUCCCAAAAUACCGACUGCAGCAAAUACUGGACAAUAUGUACAAGGCUAAAAUUACCAGUGUAAGUAAAAUGAAAAAUGUUCCUACUAAUAUAAGAAGAGAAAUGAAAAAAAUAUUUAGCGAAAAUCUGCUAAGUAUAAAACCUUUGAAGGAGUACAAAUUUGAUAGGGCAUACAAAGUCCUCUUUGAAUGUAAAGAUAAAGAAAAGAUAGAAGCCACAUCUCUAGAUUUUGGUUCUCAUAAAUCCUUGUGCAUAUCAAGUCAAAUAGGUUGUUCCUUUGCAUGUAAAUUCUGUGCCACUGGUCAGAUAGGUAUAAAAAGGCAACUCGAAUUAGAUGAAAUUACAGAUCAACUUUUAUAUUUUCAAUCUAAAAAUGAAAACGUAAGAAAUGUUUCUUUUAUGGGAAUGGGAGAACCAUUAGCUAAUCCACAUGUUUUUGAGUCCAUUAAGUUUUUCAACAAUGUCAACCUCUUCUCCUUAUCAAGUAGACGUAUAAAUAUUUCCACGGUGGGGCUUCUUCCUGGAAUUAAGAAAUUAAAUGAUCUUCACCCUCAAGUAAAUUUAUCCUUCUCUUUACAUUCACCGUUUUCUGAAGAAAGAGACAAACUUGUGCCUAUCAAUAAGUUGUUUCCUUUCCACGAGGUUUUAGAUUUGCUAGACAGUAGAAUAGCCCGCACGGGCAGACGCGUAUGGAUUAGCUACAUCCUCCUUAAAGAUGUUAACGACUCCAAGGACCACGCAGAGGCACUUUGCAAUCACAUAGUUCAGCGCCCACGCGCGGUCAGGUACCUCUACAAUGUGUGCUUAAUUCCCUACAACAAAGCAAAGAACGUUGAAGAGAGCUUUCACAGAGUGGACGAGGAAGACAAAAUCCUUCAGUUUGAGAAAGUGUUGAGGAAACACGGAAUAUCAUUUUUCUACAGAAAUUCCUUCGGACUAUCCAUUGACGCGGCAUGUGGUCAGCUGUACGCAGGUUACGAGCCCAAAAUAAGGAAGGAAUCAAUAGGAGUUCGGAAUGCGCCAUUAUUGGCACAAUAA